UGGAAAACUCUUUAGAUGCAUGCCGCCAUACGAGCUGUGGUGCUCCGUAAGGCAAGAGGUGUGUAGUGGCUUUACUUCUUUGUGGAUUUUUGGGAUAUACCUGCGAAAUAUGCCGCGAAGAAGGAAGCGAUGUGUUUCACGAUGAGAGGAGAAGCACUGAUCUUCAGUCUUCUCUGUAUGUUGGUCAUGGGUAUUAAAGAAAAGGCGAUUUUGGAAAUAGUGUUACAUCGAGGCACUGAAAAUGGCGAGUACGCUAUCGAAACUGAGAGACUCUCUGGAUACUAUACGUCUGCAGGGUCGACCGUCAGUGCCGAGGGGAACGUUUUACAGCUCCAUCCCAUGAGUAUCUGCAGCAAUGAAAACUUGAAUGAAAAACACCUGUAUGGCUGGGUAGGGGUGAUGAAGCUAGAGGCUGUGAUAUCUCGACCCUGUAUGUCUCUCUACCAACAGGCGAGGAAGGCUAUACACCGAGGAGCCACUGCUGUAGUGUUUGACAUCACUGAAGUACCUGGUGCAGCAAGUGAGCUAAAUUCCAGGACAGAUGACCAACUUGAUCGCCCCGUUAUUGUGAUCCGUGGACUGGAGGCAGUGGAACUGAUGCGCAUCAUUGAACAGACAACAAACAAAGCAAGAGCCAGGAUCCGAUCCCAACAUCAACCGAUUAAAAGUACCAAAGAAUAUUUUGACAUGGGCAUUUUUGUAGCUGUCUUCUUCCUCUUCUGUAUCAUCUGUAUCAUUGUCAUCUUAAAGUUAAAACUAAGACAUCGAGAGCAACAGCUUUCAAUGUCGGCGCUGGCAAAACGUGCAAUAUCCAAACUGGAAACAAGAAAAUUCAAGGGUCCAUCAUCUGGGAAAUCCCUGCGAGUCCAAACUCCAGUGUCCGACAUCUACAGUAAUUCAUCAGGCUGUGAGGGAUGUGCAAUCUGUCUGGAUGAGUACACAGAGGGACAGAUCCUGCGAGUGCUGCCAUGUUCCCACGAGUUUCACCGUCAGUGUGUCGACCCUUGGCUAGUAACACAUAGAACCUGCCCCCUGUGUCUCUUUAACAUUGUCGCUCAGCCAGAAAGUUCUGUGGUUCAGGAGGAGCCUGCGAGGACGCGGAAUGAACCGCAGACUCAUUCACGAUCAAGUCGACAUGAGGGACAGUACGAUAUUCCUCGCAACAGUUCCUAUGAGGUGCAUAGUGGAGACACCUCUGCGUAUCAACAACUUCCACAUGCAGAAUAUCUUCAUUAUGUACAUCCCGGGAGAAAUUCCCGUUCAGCACGAAGGGUGCUUCAUCAUGGCUGUCCGUCUUGUGAGGGAACUCUAGGAUCAUCCCCAUCAUCAUGUAGUUCAUACUUACGCGAGUUUCAUCCAAAUUAUUCAGGCCCUAGUAAAUGGCUGCCAGGGGCCAGUGAACACUAUCAGAAUGUGCCGUAUGCCCAGUGUUGUAACUCGCCCCGCACACAGUAUCAUUCCGCUCACAGGCUAGGCUACAGUAGUGCCCCCUAUGUGACUACAACUGUAUAUAACUCAGGGAUAUCAUACUCGCAGUGUAGGUCUGUAUAUGGUCGAGGGCGUGUGGCAGAGCAGUGUAGACGCCACUCAAAGACCAUGUCCUAUCACAUAGCACCGUUCUAUGCUGGUCAUGCAUCCAGACAAUGUAAAUACCCGAGACUGGGUGUGUGUGAAAGUGAGCCGGAAUACAACGGGAGUGGGCGCGACUUGAGUGUUAUUGCCCAGUUUGGAAGCUGUAGUAGUAGUGAUUCGGACAGAAAUCCUAGUAGUAGUAGUCUUGAAUGUGAGCUUUGUCGAAAUGCCAACAUACUUGACAGUAACCACAGCACAUAUGGGAGUAGUGACAUGCGUGACUAUAGUGACAACAGCAGCUGUGAAUCCAAUAUAUUCUGGGGAGGGGCACCUGACCAAAUGUGUACAGAUGGUAGCUCUGACCACAACUCAUUACCGGACAUUACAGCGCACGCAAACACUGCGGAAAUAUGUGACUGCAAGUUGUGUUCAGGGGAGGUCAAUCAUGUUCUUUGUGAAAAAAACUCUUUAAAUGCAGAAAGUCAGUGUGUAUGUAAUAGUGAAGUCUUCGCUCAACCUUAGUGAGCUCAGUGGGUGUGAUAGUGUACAUUCAUCUAAGGAAAUUCUGUGUGAAAACUGCAUUGGUAGCCAGGAAACCAUGCAGAUGUGUUCUAAGGGAGACAACUCUGGUAAAUUGGCCAGCGAGACAUUAGUGGAUACUUCAUGCUGUAGGAAUGUUUGUUCUGAUGCUAGUCACAUCAUAAUAAAGGACAAUUACGGACGACCUUUACCAGAGAGACACAAAAAAUUGGAAGUCAGCAAGUCCGAGAAUGAGGCCAGUUCUGUGAUGGUGCACAAACAAUCAUGUGAUCAAAACAAAGACGUGAGUUUUAUUCAAAAAGACGAGUUGUAUAGUUCCGACUGUGACACUUCACCACAGUCACCUUUAUUGAUAGCUGGAAAACCAAAUAAUCCCUAUAACAUUAGCCAUGAACUGGAGGAGUCCAGGGCUUCACAAAUCAACAGGUUCCCUCCGUUAGCACCUAGACCAGUUAGUAAACAGCUGGACUUAAGUAUCAUCAGCAGGAGACUCACGCGUCUUCUUUCCCCUAGAGACAUGUUUCCAGAGGCUCAUGGGUAUUGCCCCUGGCAACAAACAUGUGAUAGUUGUCAUAGCGACCAUACUGCUUCUCGCGCCUCCAUGGUGGUAUACUCAGAAGAAGGAGCAUACUUGACAGUACCACUCGAAGACCAAGAACAUUACAACUCUGUAAAUGCAGUAUAAUUGGCUGGAGAUAUCAAAUAUCCUUCCUACUCCUAACAUCUCUCCAUGUACACCAAAGUUCAGGCCAAACUUAUUAACUUAAACAGUUCAUUAGCAGGAUGAAGUAUUUUAUUUAUUUUGUUAAAUUUUCAGACGGCUAAUAGAUCUUUUCUUUCUUGUUUUUUACUAGUUAUUUGUAUCAUUUGAUUUAAUACCCUGUAAAAAUCAACUUUCGUUUUUAAAUGAUAAAAAGCUCAAUUUAUACCAGUAUACCCUUGUUUGAAAAAUUAGUAAAACAUACUUAGCAUUUCUAAAUUGUUCAUGUUUAGAAAGAAGAAAGAAAGUUAAUCAUCAAUAAACUGUUAAGGUCAGAAAUUGUUCAACAAUCAGUGAUGCAGGUCCAACAAGUUCAAACAGGGGUCAAUGUAAAAUCAUAUCCAAUCAGAAGUCUACGAUUCUAUCAGGUAUUAUUAACCAUCAGUCGUUGGAGAGGCUUCAGAAAAACCAAUGCAAUAAUUUGUUAAAGACAAGUGUUCAAUCUUAAAAGGUCACUCUGAUCUGACCCUGGUUGUUUGACAUUCUUUCGGAGGGUUGAUGUGAUCCAGAAUAUGUUUAAUAUGGUGCUAUACGUGUGAAGUCCUUAUAGAUGUUGUGUAAAUUUGAAUGUGUAUUAUUGAAUGUAUGGUCUUGAUGUGUGAAUAUUACUGACUGAACUCGUGCGCGUACGUGGAUUUAGUCUCUCCAAAGUUUUUUUUUUAUUUUGUUUCCAUUGGCCAGUUAAUAGCUUCAUUAUCCAAUUACAGAAGAGAUUAUAUAAAUCCUGUUUUUGUAACUUGUUUUCUGAUUGGGUAGCUCAGAAGAGGGGGAGCUAUAGACAUAAAAACCAUUGUUAUCUUCUGUAAUUUUUGUCAGCCAUUUACAUCCUUGAAAAUAAUUGUUUCCUGAAUAUUAAGAUUCUAUUAUAUAACCAGAAAGCAUUCUCUAUAUUCCAUUUAAUCCUGAUCAGCGUUUCAUGUUUGCUAUUUUUAUCUCCAAAUAUUAACUUUGUUCUGCAUUUAUUAUCUCCCCUUUUACAAGCUUAAAGUCCGCCAUAAUUUCAUAUUAAGUGUUGACUCCACAAAAUCAUCUUUAAUAAUUAGUAGAAAACAUGCUGCAGUUUAUUAUAAACAGUUGGAGCUGGCUUACAUCAAUGUUCCUUGCGUAAGAUUACCAUAUAACAGGGUAACACAAUCAAGGUGGAACCAAUCAUCUUUGUAAUUUUUCCUCCCAAUUUUGACAAUAGAUUUUUGUAUUUCUGUUUACUACAUUGAUUGUGUGACAUAGAGAAGUGUCUUUUAGAUUGUAAUUGACACAUACUGCUUUCUUUCCUACACCUGUGUAAAUACUCCUGGCUGGAACUAGAUGAGUUUAACUUGUACAGACAAGGAUUGAAUCUGAUGAGAACAAUCAGUUCCCCAGACAAAAAUGUUACUGCCAUAGUAACGAGACAAUCGUGUUGAUGUUAUCACUACCUCAUGAUAGAGAGGAGGAGCUAUCGAUACAUAGAGCAGACAUCAUUUAUUGUAUAGCUGUACAAUACAGGGCUUAUAUUUUGCGGUGGUUCAUGCUGACCUAGUUUGCAGGUAUUAAAUUUUGCACGACUAUGCCUUGUAAAUAUUCAGCAGGAAACAUGUCUAUACCUUUGUAUGUUCAUAUAGAUAUUUGCUGUGUAUUUAUUUUUGUGCUUUAUUUAAUGACCGCUAAUUAGAGAAAUUCAAUCCUUCUUGAAAUUACCAACUAUACAGUAUUACUAAGGUACAGGGGAGGUGUACAUGUGUGUACAGGUCAGGGGAGAUGUGUACAGGUCGGGGGAGGGGUGUGU